UAGUUAGAUGUCGAAUUGGGGAGUUAUGAAAAUUAAUACCAAUGUUAAGUGAGCGUUGAGUGACGUGAAGUCCUACAUUAACUCCUCCUAUCUGCCCUCUUCAGUCUUUUGGCCCCUCUUUGCCUUUAAAACCGCACCUCCCUUUCUUAUCAAUCAAACCAUCUUCUUCUUCUUCUUUCUUCUCUCAAAAACUAAUUAUUACUAUUCACACCCCCCUCAUUUUUAGCAACUCAAAAAAGCACUUUUUUCUUCUCAAUCCAAAAACAUGCCUCCAAUCUUGCCUGAUUUCUCUAGCUCAGUUAAGCUCAAAUAUGUCAAACUUGGUUAUCAAUAUCUUGUUAAUCACAUUAUCACUCUCACUCUUAUUCCAAUUAUGAUUGGUGUUACCAUUGAAUUAAUACGUUUAGGUCCAAAUGAAAUCCUUAACCUUUGGAAUUCAUUAAACCUUAACCUCGUACAAAUCCUAUGUUCUUCUUUUCUUGUCAUCUUCAUAGCCACUGUUUAUUUCAUGUCAAAACCAAGAACAAUUUACCUCGUUGACUAUGCUUGUUUCAAACCACCUGUUACUUGUCGUGUUCCUUUUGCUACUUUCAUGGAACAUUCAAGACUUAUCCUUAAAGAUAAUCCCAAAAGUGUUGAAUUUCAAAUGAGGAUUCUUGAACGUUCUGGUCUUGGUGAAGAAACUUGUUUACCACCUUCAAUUCAUUAUAUUCCACCUAAACCAACCAUGGAAUCAGCUAGAGGUGAAGCUGAACUUGUUAUUUUCUCAGCCAUGGAUUCAUUGUUCGAAAAAACCGGUCUUAAACCGAAAGACAUAGACAUUCUCAUAGUAAAUUGUAGCUUAUUUUCACCAACACCUUCUUUGUCUGCUAUGGUUAUCAACAAAUAUAAACUCAGAAGUAACAUCAAAAGUUUCAAUCUUUCUGGAAUGGGCUGUAGUGCUGGUCUCAUUUCGAUCGAUUUAGCUCGCGAUCUUCUUCAAGUUCAUCCAAAUUCAAAUGCUGUUGUUGUAAGCACAGAGAUUAUAACACCAAAUUAUUACCAAGGAAAAGAAAGAGCUAUGCUUUUACCAAAUUGUUUAUUCAGAAUGGGUGGUGCUGCAAUUAUGUUAUCAAACAGAACAACAGAGAAAAGAAGAUCAAAAUACAGGUUAGUUCAUGUUGUUAGAACACAUAAAGGAGGUGAUGAUAAAGCAUAUAAAUGUGUAUAUGAAGAAGAAGAUAGAGAGGGUAAAGUUGGUAUUUCACUACAAAAGGAUCUUAUGGCAAUUGCAGGUGAAGCUUUGAAAUCAAAUAUAACAACAAUGGGUCCUCUUGUAUUACCAGCUUCAGAACAGUUACUAUUUUUGAUAACAUUAAUAGGUAGAAAAAUUUUCAAUCCAAAAUGGAAACCAUAUAUUCCUGAUUUCAAACAAGCAUUUGAACAUUUUUGUAUACAUGCUGGUGGUAGAGCUGUGAUUGAUGAAUUACAGAAGAAUCUUCAAUUAUCAACAGAACACGUGGAAGCUUCAAGGAUGACACUUCAUAGGUUUGGUAAUACAUCUUCAUCAUCACUAUGGUAUGAACUUAACUACAUUGAAUCAAAAGGUAGGAUGAAGAAAGGUGACAGAGUAUGGCAGAUAGCAUUUGGCAGUGGUUUUAAAUGUAACAGUGCUGUUUGGAAAUGUAACAGAAGUAUUAAGACACCUAUUGAUGGUCCUUGGGCAGAUUGCAUUGAUCGUUACCCAGUUCAUAUUCCUGAGAUUGUUAAACUCUAGAGUCUAUUCAAUUGGUUAGUCACUUUGUUCAAGACCUACCAUAAUAUAUGAUGAUGAUAUAUAAAAUAUAAAUAUAUUUGUAUUGUUUUUUUUUUUUUUUUUCAUUUUCCAAACAAAUUACUACAUGGUAGAGUUUAGUUGUGAAUUUGCAUAGAAAUCACAAUUGGGGAAUUCUAUGUAUUGAUCAAUAUUGUGCAAUACUAGUAGUAGUAUCAUAUGUAUGGGAAAUACUACAACUUCAAUUUCUUCUA